AUGGUUUCCCAUAAGUCAGUUGCAUUGGUAAUGCAGCUAAGCGCUUUGUUGUCAGUACUUUUAGGAUUUUGUGGGAGUGGAAGGUUGUCAAUAGCAUGCUUGGAACUAGAGAGGAUCGGGCUGAUGAAGCUCAAAGCCGCCUUCAAUCUCCCUAAUGGGUCGGCACUUCCUUUGUGGCUUGACGAUCAAGGUGAUUGUUGCAGAUGGGAAGGUGUCAGGUGCCACAACAUCAGCAUGCGAGUGACUAAGCUCCUGCUCAAUGAUACACGAGAUUCCCGGCUAGGCCCGUGGUCUCUUAAUUCCUCCUUGUUCCUCCCAUUCGAGGAACUUGAAGUACUUGACUUGGGCUUCAAUCAGCUAACUGGACUGAAGCUGCAGGCGGUAGAUGUCUCGUUCAAUCAUUUGGCUGGAGAUAGUCUUUCAGCAAUUUGGAGCAUGGCAUCCCUUAAAGCCUUGUCGAUAGCUGGCAAUCAAUUGGGAGACUCAAUAUUUCAAGGCUUGUGUCAGUUGAAGGGUCUUGAAGAGUUGGAUGCUUCCUAUAAUGAGUUUGUAAGCAGCAUUCCACCAUGCAUUCAGAACAUGACCUCACUGUAUGCACUCGAUCUUCAUCGUAACCAUUUUGGAGGGAACAUCCCUUCUUCCCUCUUCGCUAAUCUCAAGUCACUGCAAUAUAUCUCUCUUUCUGGGAAAGCUUUUGAAGGGUCAUUUUCUCUCGCUGCAUUAACCAACAACUCUAGGCUUGAAGUAUUUGAUCUUGCCAACAAUUACCAUCAUUUGAAUAUCACGACAGAGGAUCCUCUCCAUGCUCCUUCAGCUCAGUUAAAGAUCUUGCGUUUAUCUGACUGUGCACUCAACGAACCUCGUGGUGUCAUCCCUACCUUUCUACGAGACCAACACGAGCUAAGACUUCUUGAUCUCAGCCAUAACAACAUGAGCGGAGCUUUUCCAUCUUGGUUAUUAGAGAACAACACAAAACUAGAGGCCUCAAAGCUUUCAAAUAAUGCCUUCUCCGGAAGUUUUAGUUUCAACUCCUCCACUGCAAGCAAUGUUGACAUACAGUUGAUUGAUGUGUCGUCAAAUUUUAUAGAUGGAGAACUUCCCGUUUCUAUUGGUUCCUCCUUUCCAAAUUCAGCUUUCAUCAACAUGUCCAGAAAUGUUAUUCGUGGGGGUAUCCCUUCUUCUCUGGGCGACAUGAGGUUGUUGACUUUGCUAGACUUGUCAGAUAAUGAUUUCAUCGGAGAGCUGCCGGAGUCAUUUCUCCGAAAGUGUCAACAUCUCGAGGUUCUAAAGUUGUCGAAGAAUAAUUUGAGUGGCGAAAUACUUCCAAGAACGGCCAACUUGACAAAGUUACAUGCUCUAUCUUUGGACAGCAAUAAAUUCUCCGGAGUGAUUUCUCCCGGGUUGCUUAACAGCCCCGGCUUACAUUUUCUGGACGUAAGCAACAACUUUCUGUCAGGGACAGUUCCUAGUUGGAUCGGAGACUCUGAAAGCUUGGAGAAUCUUAUCUUGUCGUAUAAUUCCCUGGAAGGUCCUUCGCCUUUGAGCUUUUGCAAAUUGAAUCUUAAGCUCUUGUGCCUUGCAGCUAACGGUUUUGGUCCCACGAUACCUUCAUGUGCAAAUGUUUCAAUGCUAUUACAUUUAAGCUUGGGGAGCAAUCACCUUACAGGACCUUUUCCGCAGUUUCUAAGUGAUGCUUCAUCAAUAGUGACAUUGGAUCUCAUAAACAACGAAUAUUCAGGAAAAAUCCCAAAGUGGAUUGGUUCAUUUCCAAACCUUCAGGCUCUUUUAUUGAAAGGAAACAACUUCGAAUGUCUGAUCCCUCACGAGUUAUGCCAGUUAAAGAAUAUGAGCAUCAUGGAUCUAUCAAAUAAUAGUCUCUCAGGACCCAUUCCGUCUUGUUUGAGUACUCUGGAUUUCGGAAACCUGAGAGUGCUUGGAGCAUUUUGUACGCUCUCUAUUUCUAAUGCAUCUGCCUCUAUGAUCUAUAAGUUCAAUUCGAAGGUUUCAUUCUUUGUUGAAAAUGCUGUAGAAACUGCCUACACGGAUGAUCAAUUAGUAGAAGUGAAGUUCAUCUCCAAGAGCAGGUUAGAAUCUUAUAGGGGAAGCAUCCUGGAGUACAUGUCUGGGCUAGAUCUCUCGUGCAACAAUUUGAGCGGUUCUAUCCCACCAGAAAUUGGGUACAUGAUCAAUCUUCUCAUAUUGAACCUUUCAAAUAAUCAUCUCCUGGGCCCGAUUCCAAGCACAUUCUUUGGAUUGAAGCAAAUAGAGAGUCUCGACCUUUCAUACAAUGGGUUGACUGGAAAAAUACCAUCGCAGUUGACAGAGCUCUCCUUCUUAUCGAUCUUCACUGUGGCUCACAAUAACCUAUCGGGGCAAACGCCUGAAAGGAAAAACCAAUUCGCCACGUUUGAUGAAAAGAGCUACGAAGGUAACAUCUUCCUCUGCGGGCUGCCAUUAGAGAGUUGCAACACUUCAGGGCAGUCUCCGCUGACACCAACAAUUCCAGAUCAAAAGGAAGACUUCUCCUUCAGAGAAGCCUUCGCAUGGAGCUUUGCGGGAUCAUAUGUCGUCGCAUUCCUUGGAACUGUGGCGUUUCUCUUCAUUAGCUCCCACUACAGAACAAUCAUGUUUAACUUUUUCUAUAGGCAAAUCAUCUGUUUUUAUUGA